GUGGCAACGUGCUGGUGAAGGUGACGGCAGAGGUGCUCCCUUCUGGUUCCAGUUGGCGAGGUGGUUGAAGUCGGCGCCGGGAUGCAGUGCGGACGGCAGGUAGCGAAGCCCCUUCUGGCAUUAAGAUUUUCAAGCCGAAGCUACUCAGCACAACGUGGUUUAAAUGAGGUAGUUAUCGUAAGUGCUGUCCGGACACCAAUAGGAUCUUUCCAAGGUUCCCUUUUCCCACUGCCAGCCACUAACCUUGGCUCAAUUGCAAUUAAAGGAGCAAUAGAAAAAGCAGGCUUACCAGUUUCUACUCCUUGCACAACUGUCAACAAAGUUUGUGCUUCUGGAAUGAAAUCUAUUAUGAUGGCAGCCCAGAGUUUGAUGUGUGGGAGUCAGGAUGUGAUGGUAGCUGGUGGGAUGGAAAGCAUGUCAAAUGUCCCCUACACAAUGACCAGAGGAACAACCCCUUAUGGAGGAGUAAAGCUUGAAGAUUUGAUUGUCAAAGAUGGCUUGACAGAUGUUUACAACAAGAUCCACAUGGGUAGUUGUGCUGAGAAUACUGCUAAGAAAUUUUCUAUAUCACGGGAAGAUCAAGAUACUUACGCUAUAAAGUCCUAUACCCAAAGCAAGGAAGGUUGGAAUUCUGGCAUAUUUGCAAAGGAAAUUGUGCCUGUCACUAUUUCUCAGAAAGGGAAACCAGACGCAGAGGUUAAAGAAGAUGAGGAAUAUAAGCGUGUUGACUUUAGUAAAGUUCCAAAAUUGAAGGCGGUUUUCCAAAAAGAAAAUGGAACGGUCACAGCUGCCAAUGCUAGUACGCUAAACGAUGGAGCAGCUGCUUUGGUACUGAUGACUUCAGAAGCAGCCAAAAGACUGAAUGUGAAGCCAUUGGCAAGAAUAGUAGGUUUUGCAGAUGCUGCUGUUGAUCCUAUUGAUUUUCCCAUUGCACCAGCACACGCUGUUCCUAAGGUACUUGCUCAGGCAGGACUCAAAAAGGAAGAUAUUAAUAUGUGGGAAAUCAAUGAAGCAUUCAGUGUUGUUGUCUUAGCUAACAUUAAAAUGCUAGACAUUGAUCCACAGAAGGUAAAUAUUCACGGAGGAGCAGUUUCUUUGGGACAUCCAAUUGGGAUGUCUGGUGCAAGAAUAGUUGUUCACAUGGUUCAUGCCUUGAAGCAAGGAGAACAUGGCCUUGCUGGGAUUUGCAAUGGGGGUGGUGGGGCAUCUGCAAUACUGAUCCAAAAGUUAUAGGUUCUGAUCUCAAGCUCAAGGCCCAACUUAUUCAUAGCUGUUACAACCAUGAUUGGACCUGCAGUAGAGAGGAUCAUUUCAGUCUGCCACUGUUAAAUGAAAUUAUGUCUUUUUAUUAUGUUUUAAUGCAAAAUGUUUUUUUUAAUAUCUUGGACAGUAAAACAUGUUAAUUAUCACCCAACGCUGCAGGUAUCAUAACUACUUUAGAUACUUAUCAUACUUUAUAUUGUCCUGUUCUCAUCACUGGAUUGUAGGCAUUCAUUUGCUCUUCUCCCUUAGCCUCCUAAAAUGAAGGCAGUGGGUUGUGCCAUUUGUAUUUUUGCCCAGAAAACUACUGCUUGUUUGGAGGAAGAUAGUAUAAAAGUAAUACUGGAUUAUGUUUCCACAAUUGGUAGAAACAAAACAAGAAGGGCUACUGAAUAAAUAUUUACCAUACAACAAU